AUGUUAAUCUUGAAACAGCUGGGCAUACUCUCAAGUGCGAAGCUCGUUGUGUUGGACCAUCCCGCUAUAACUGACGAUGACGCCACGUUAAUCUGUCUCGGUGGUAGUAUGAGAUCUUUAAGUAAAUAUAGCCCCAUAUAUUCAGAUACUGGUUGUGGCUCUGGUGAGUGCACCAAGCUACAACGUUUCCACAUUAAUGCGGCUCUUUUUGCUCGUCAAAAAAUACAGUUGAGUCACAUGUCAUCUCUGUUUGGCCACACUGAGCCUUCAAAAAAAUUUCAGCGCGCGUCGGUCCAUCCGACAGUCUCAGUCGACCGUCUUGGUGAUGCUUUUUAA